AUGGAGCUGUGUCUCUCUCAGCCCCAGGGGCAGCCCCCUGUGUGCCCCUCAGCCUUCGCCUGGAGUGCAGGUAGCCGAGGAGAGCAAGCCCGGCAGCUGGUCAUCGACCUGGAAACUCGAGGGAAACAGGCUUUUCCUGUAUUCCUCUCAAUCCUGCGAGACACUGGGCAGGGUGACCUUGCAGACAUGCUGAUUGAGGAGUGCGAAUGCCUGCCGGUGUCAUCACAGAUGGUAGACCUGAGGCCUGUUGAGCUGGACUUACGUGGAGAAAAGCAUCAUAAAAAUGUGAACUUCCCUGAACGUUUGUCCAUCCCAGUCCAAGCCGAGAGUGAAAGACCUCGAAUGGGUUCGGCUGUUGACAAGAUGAACCGCACUGAGUCGUGUGUUGUCUGUGAACUGAAAGCGGACCCGUGCGGACACUGCCUGAUUGUCAACAAUGUCAACUUCAGUAGUGACUCGAAUCUGUCGACUCGAGAGGGCUCUGACGUGGACUGUAAGAAGCUGAAGCAGCGCUUCAAGGCCUUGCACUUCAACGUCCUGACUCGGCAGAAUCUCAAAGCUCAGGACAUGGUUUCAGAACUGAAGAAACUGGCGCAGCAGGACCACAGGGCCUUGGACUGCUGUGUCGUGGUCAUCCUUUCCCAUGGGUGUCAGACGAGCCAUAUUCAGUUUCCCGGAAGCAUUUAUGGAACGGAUGGAGAACCCAUUGCAAUAGAAAAGAUUGUGAACUGUUUCAAUGGGUCCAAUUGCCCGAGUUUGAGAGGAAAACCCAAACUCUUCUUCAUCCAGGCCUGUGGUGGAGAACAAAGAGAUCAAGGCUGUGUAGUAGAUUGCGAUUCCCCUGGUGACGAAGCUCCUGGAGGUUCUUUGGAGUCGGAUGCAACUCCUUUUCGGACUCUGGUGGGUAGCACAGACGAGCCGGAUGCCGUAGCCAGUUUGCCCACGCCCAGCGACAUCUUGGUCUCCUACUCAACAUUUCCAGGUUUUGUCUCCUGGAGGGAUGUCUCCAGAGGCUCGUGGUAUGUGGAAAUGCUGGACAGCGUGCUGGAGCAAUAUGCCCAUUUUUCUCCUCAACUGCUCUCCUUCUGUUCCCAGGUGGCAAACGCCGUCGCUGACAAGGGGAAGUACAAACAGAUCCCGGGUUGUUUCAACUUUCUCCGUAAAAAAUUCUUCUUCAUGUGCAAAUGA